UCAGAGUGGGGCCGGGCCGCGCGGCAUAUGCUUCUUGCCAAGAGGCUGUUGGAACUGUCAGUCCUGACUCGCCGUCCCCAUUGGUCAUGUCUCAAGCGAGACGGGGUAAGGUCCGCGCGCCCUCUGGAUGCGGGGCGAGGAAGGGCGGGCGGCGGCCCCACACUCGGGCGUGAUACGGAAGUGGAUUCACCUCCGGUACGAACGUCCGCGCCGGAACCUGCGUAAACCCCCCCGUGCGACCUGAUUGGCUAAGAGAAGCGCGCGUAGGCCUAUCAAAAGUUGCCAUUGGCCCAAAGGCUCUUCACUCUGGCUGGAGGCGGGCGGAGCGAAAGGAAGCAGAGGGGAACAGCGCGGCGCCGCGGGAGAGAUGGACGCUUCGGCAGAGCCUGGAAACCUGGCUGGUGUCCGGCACAUCAUCCUCGUCCUCUCAGGAAAGGGCGGGGUCGGGAAAAGCACCAUCUCCACGGAGCUGGCUCUGGCCCUGCGCCAUGCAGGCAAGAAAGUGGGGAUCCUAGAUGUGGAUCUAUGUGGCCCCAGCAUCCCCCGAAUGCUUCGGGCCCAGGGCAGAGCCGUACACCAGUGCGACAGCGGCUGGGUGCCCAUCUUCGUCGACCAAGAGCAGAGUGUCUCCCUCAUGUCUGUGGGCUUCCUUCUGGAGAAGCCAGACCAGGCUGUGGUGUGGAGGGGCCCCAAGAAAAACGCGCUGAUAAAGCAGUUCGUGUCUGACGUGGCCUGGGGGCAGCUGGACUACCUGAUUGUGGACACGCCCCCAGGGACCUCUGAUGAGCACAUGGCCGCCGUGGACGCCCUGCGCCCCUACAGCCCCCUGGGGGCCCUCCUGGUCACCACGCCCCAGGCGGUGUCCGUGGGGGACGUGAGGCGGGAGCUGACCUUCUGUAGGAAGAUAGGGUUGCGGGUGAUCGGCAUUGUGGAGAACAUGAGUGGCUUUGUCUGCCCGCACUGCACAGAGUGCACCAACAUCUUCUCCAGGGGAGGUGGCGAAGAGCUGGCCAGACACACCGGAGUCCCCUUCCUAGGCUCUGUGCCCCUGGACCCCCAGCUCACGAGGAGCCUGGAGGAGGGCCGAGACUUCAUCCAGGAGUUCCCUCAGAGCCCUGCCUUUCCCGCACUCUCUGCCAUAGUCCAGAAGAUUCUGAACGAGACGUCUGCUCAGCACUCUUGACCGAGGCAGCCUCAAGUGUCUCCUCUUGGCACUGCCAUGGGGCUCUCGCCCACUGACUCGAGGAGAGGUCCUGGGUGCAGCCCCUGGAACCUGCAGGGCUCGCCGUGGGGCCGUCACUGUGAGCAGGUCUCCCUGCCCGGCCCUUGGAGACAUGUCAGUGCUUCGGUAGCAUCUCAGUGCCAGGGUCGCUGACACUGAGUGGUUCUGCUGGGUUGGCCUGUGGCAGACCCCAGGGACAGCAUGGGAUCCUGGUGCUGGCACAUUCACGCUUCAUGUCAUGGUACUCAUGUGCCCCAGACAGAUGGACACCUGUGUCUCCACAGUGUCCACAAAGCUUGUGGAUCUGGAAGCGGCCGGGGGACUUCAUCGUCCUCAGGUGCUUGGCAGCCGGGAGGGCUGUGAGUGAUCAUGGUGACAAAGAGGAGUACCUGGUAAGGUAUUAAGCCUGUAACUUCAGAGGAACCCAUGAUUAAACAUGUCUGGCUGCCACGUUUA